GUUUUCCUUCCAGGCUCCCGUAGCAGAGCUAAAUCAGCUUGAAAUUUAGUGCUUGGAGCGUUGCAGUACCCGCCGGUGUUACAAACAAAAGAGGAAGAGCAGGUCGACCGCGUGGUAAGAGGGUACUGAAGCGUUUUUAAGAGUACAGUAUGGGCAAGAAGCAGAAUACCAAGGGUAAGAAGGAUGCACAGGAGGAACCAGAAGAAUUUGUUGUGGAAAAAGUACUCGACCAACGUAUUGUUAACGGGAAAGUAGAAUUCUACCUGAAGUGGAAAGGAUUUACAGAUGCUGACAAUACCUGGGAGCCAGAGGAGAACCUGGAUUGUCCAGAGCUGAUUUCAGCGUUUCUGGAAGCUCAGAAGAGUAUUAAGGAGAAACCCGCUCCUGUUAAGAGGAAGGCAUCAACAGAUGAGCCAGAGGCACAAGCCAAGAAGAAAGACAUGGCUGAGAAACCACGUGGCUUUGCUAGGAACCUUGAACCAGAACGGAUCAUUGGUGCAACAGACAGUAGUGGGGAGUUGAUGUUCUUGAUGAAAUGGAAAGACUCAGAUGAAGCAGAUUUGGUCCCAGCCCGUGAGGCCAACACCCGCUGCCCUCAAGUGGUUAUUUCCUUCUAUGAGGAGAGACUGACAUGGCAUUCCUAG